AUGAGUCACUCUCCAGAAGUGCGUUUUCGCUUUCAGCUCUUGGCGAUGUACAAGCCCGUGCAGUCCUGUGUUUUCUGCGAACGCAAUCAGAGAAAUGCUCUGGCUAACUACGGUGUCAGUAUUCCCUGCGCAUGGAAGAAUUGCAAGUCGCACAUUCACGCAACCUGGUACGUGCCUUCCUUUUCCCCCUAUUCCAUCCUCAUCGCUUCCGACGCAUCCCAGGCGAGUCUCAUAGAACUGCCCCGCACGGAGUUAUGCUCGUCUGAACGCACUCUGGCUGCCUUGGUGAAGGGUCCUCUCGUCGUGGAAGGAGGAGGAGGAGGAGGAGGAAGGAACUCGUUGCACGAAGAACCCAAUUCCAGCUGCUUUGUCUUCUGCUCCUCAGCCCACAGGGAGAAAUUCCUCGCCCAACACAAAUGCACAACUCCAACUACCAGCAGCGUUAAAAAGACAAAUAUCGCCUCAAGUGCAAGCAAUCCAUCAGUGCCACUGUCCCUUCAAUCAUCUCUUGCUGUGUCCGUUGACGCAACGCCCUCUCGAGAUGUAGGCGCCAAAUCCUCAUGUCCUCCAGACAGCGUCAGUCCAUCUGAAUCAGCAGCAUCCCAUCUGAAGCCACUUCCAGUCUCCACCGAUGCAGAACCUGCUCUGGAUCCUGAUCAAAGCGUGGGGACCUCUAUUGAUAAAAUCGAGCAUUCCUUUGCUUCACAAGUGGAUCUUGACUCCAACGGUGAUGUCCGACCUUCCGAUUGCACCUUGGUCUCUGGAGAUCCCGAGUCACAGGUCGCUACGGAAACUCCGGGGAGUAUUGAGGUGGCUUUGAAUCACGACAAGGGGGCUUCGGCGUCUCCUGGUCAGCGGCGUUGUGUCCCCCGUCGUAAUGCCGCCCUGCUAGCAAAUCAGGAGUUUUCAAGUGCCAAACCUAAGGCUAAAGGCAUCAAAGCGGUUACCAAGUCGACCAAGGGCAUCAGGCCAAGGGGUAGGCCAUCUAAACACACAAGGAAGGCGCUGCUUGCUGCCAGAAAGAAGGCUAAGUUAGCCGCCCGUGCGAGGGAGAUUAGCAGCCGAAAGUCCCUCGCGUCGAAGUCUUCCCCGUCAAUCUCGCCCAGCUGCCCCGCACCCGCAGCCAAACGAUCGCGGCACGACGGCUCGCCACCUCAGCCACACUUCUGCUCGCACCUACAGGCGUCAACCUGCUUUCCGAACCCGGCUAACGCGCAUCACCAACCCCCUCCCUUGCCUCUCCCUAUUCGAGGCCUCUGUGUCCCUCAGAACGGCGACCGCAGGACCCGCGCGGAGUUCAAUACGAUUGAGGACCUUCUAGAGUGGCAGUGGGAGCAAGGGGGCGCUCUUUUGAUGCAACAGGCUGAAGGAUCUGAUGUUGUCUCCCUUUUGAACUGCCUGCACCAGCUCAAGAUGGAGAAUGACUCACUAGAGGCAAAGGUCCUUCGGUUACAGGCUAAACGAGAACACCUUCGAUCAGUGAACUCACGUCUUUCCUCUUCCCUCUUCACUAUCGAGUCCAUGUCUGCAGCCCCGCCUUCGUCCUCUAAUGUCUUGGCCUUAAACCACAACAACUCGCCUCACCCUGCUAACCACAUGGACUUUGCAAAUCGUGAAGGCAUUGAGGAGCAGAAUGGUUGUGUCCCUACUGCGCAACCCUACCUCCAUGAGACUGUUUUUGGAAAUCGGCCCGAGUUGACUGGCUUCGGUGCACAGUCAAUGCCACGCCCGGAGAACCGUUCCAUUCUUUCGCUUGUUGCGUCCAGCCAGACUACGCCUGGACCCCUUCUACUCCCUGUAGGCCCUAGCAACAGUGGAGCGGUGAGGGCCAUUGCAGGGCCCGAGGCGACUGCUACCACUGUCGCCGCCGCCGCCGCCAGUACGUUGAAUCCGCUCAUUGUGGAGAGCUCGCUGGCUCAGGCCGAGCGUUUCGUCUCGGCUGCGCACACUCGGCUUGCAUCACCCAUUCUCGCGGCGCCGAAGACAUCUGCGUCUGCUGUAAUUUCAACGUCGGAUUGCCAGGUCACUUCGGCGUCCCUCGUCCUUCUGCUCGGUGGUGAGCCUCCAAAACCACCGGCCUUAUCCGCCACCCCGCCGCCGCCGCCACUAGCAAUUCAAAAGAACGGUGUUGCCAUUGCCGGGGAGGCUGUCAAAGGCGGAAGUCGUCUUUCAGCUCCCACUUCGUGUUCACCUUUCAGUCGAGUUUCUCCCAGUCUUUACCCUCGUAUUCAGCCUCGCCAACGAAAGGAUCAAUCAGAUCAGCCUCCCAAGCUCGAGUCCCGCCCACUCGCCGCGGCACCGGUUCAGUCUAGGCAGAUGCGUGCCAUCCAACCAGCCCCCUCACCCAUGCCUCUGGCGAGUAAGGCAGCAGAGGUGCCGUCACGAGCUUCUCUUCUUGUCGAUUCGAGUCUACCCUCGGUGCCAAGUGAGUAUGGCGCGGGUGCCAUGUCGGCGCCUCUGCCCUCUAGCAAGGAGCCCAGCCCUUGUCAGUCGGUGAAGAGUGGUCCUAUAUGCAAUGCCCCCACUCCGAUUCCGACUCCGUGUUCAGAUUGA